AUGGCACCUUCAACUCGCUCCUCGACGAGCGAUACCCUCGUGGAGGAAAAACAACCUCAACAUCUUGAUUUGCAUGGAAAUGUCUUCGAACUCCCAACUUAUACCAUGAAAGAAAUUCACGACGCCAUUCCAGCUCAUUGUUUCAAGCCUUCAAUCAUUCGAUCAAUGGCAUACGUCGCCCGCGAUUACUUUUACGUCUCUACUCUCAUCUAUCUCGCCGUUACCUUCAUCCCGCUUCUUCCCAACCCAUACCUUCGAUUUGCAGCUUGGAUCGCAUAUACGACCAUUCAAGGAUUCGUCUUUACCGGUAUUUGGAUCUUGGCACAUGAAUGUGGACACGGUGCAUUCAGCAAGAAUAAGAAAUUGAACUGGACUAUGGGAUUGAUCAUGCAUUCUUUCUUACUUGUACCAUUCCACUCCUGGAGACUUUCCCACUCUCAACAUCACAAAGCUACUGGAAAUAUGGAAAAGGAUACAGCAUUCGUUCCACACACCAGAGAAGGUUGGGUUCAGAGACACUUUGGGGCGAAGGCUAAGACAAACAUGAUUGAAUUUGCUGAAUUGGCAGAAGAUUCUCCAAUUUACUCCCUUUAUCAUGCAUUUAUUCAUCAAUUGUUUGGAUGGCCAGGAUACUUGAUUGCGAACUUGACUGGUCAAGAUUACGAUGGUGCCAAAGGAAUGAAAGUUUCUCACUUCUAUUUCGGCGAGGAUAGUGUGUUUUACAAGAAGCAUGAGUUACCUUUGAUCGCUUUGAGUGAUGUUGGAGUAGCGGUUAUGAUUGCUGGUUUGGUUUGGGCUGGUCAAGUCUUUGGUAGCUUCAAUGUUAUUGUUCUUUGGGGUGUUCCAUGGUUAUGGGUUAAUAACUGGAUUGUUGCCAUCACCUUCCUUCAACACACCGAUGCAUCCAUGCCCCAUUACAAUAACAACACCUGGAACUUCGCUCGUGGUGCAACCGCAACCAUCGACCGUGAUCUUGGUUUUAUCGAUACUCAUCUUUUCCACGACAUCAUUGGUACCCACGUCUGCCAUCACUUGGUAUCCACGAUCCCAUUCUACCACGCCGGUGAAGCAAGUCAACACAUCAAGAAAGUUAUGGGACAACAUUACAGAGCCGAUGUCAAGACACCAUUCUGGACUGCCUUCUGGAAAAAUCAACGUAAUUGUAGAUUCGUCGAAGAAUCCGAGGGAAUGGAAGGAACUGGUGUUUUCAUGUAUAGAAACUUGUACAACAGAGAUGGAGAAGUUCACGCCAAAGAUCUUACCAAUGGUCAAGCGGAGAUUGCAAAAGAAAGUGGAAAACCAGUUGUUUCAAAGGUCGUACCAGUUGGUAACAUGGCUACAGCUAUGUCUACAAGCAGAAACAUAAAUGCCGGAAGAAGAUUGAGUCAAAGUGUUCAAGAACGCGCCAAGGCUGGAUUACCUCUUCUGGCUGAGGUAGGGGGGAGGAGAAGGGGGGGAGAAGAGGGGGAUGGAAGAGAAGAGGGGAUGGAAGAGGGAUGGAAACAGGGGAUGGAAGAGGGGGGAAGGAGAGGGGAUAAGGAGAGGGGGAGGGAGAGGGAGGAGGGAGAGGGGAUGAGGGGAGCAUACUACUACAGUAAACCAUAUGAUUUUGAUUAUCAAUACCGACUAUACUGGAAGAGAGAGGUUAGAGAUGAGGAUGAAUAUGAGUAUGAAUAUGAAUAUGAAGAUAGGAUCUGGGAGAGGUUAUGGGGAGGAGUUUGGGGUUUUGAGAGGUUGGAGAGAUGGAGAUGGAGAUGGAUAUGA